CCGGCCGCCGCGACCAGUCCGUCUAACAUUGCUGCAUCCGCGCACGCGCAUCCUUCGUCGCGAAAACGAAAGUGACUGACAUCCGUGACACCCGUGACAUUCGUGCCCUUCGGACUGUGAUACUAUGAUUGUGUGACUGGAACAGUGAUCGGUAGCUCGCUCUGUUAUCCUGAAACUGUUUCUUCCGACUCUUACAGCAUUGAAAGCUCACCUGAAAAGGUUUUCUCAACUGCAAUUGGAGACAAAUAUAUGACACCGAAAAUAUCUUUUGCCGCCGAUUGACUGGACUGUGACUAUGAAGAGGACCAGGCUCCUGCUGGCGCUGGUGACGCUCCUAAUUAAGGAUGCAACAUGCGAACCCCCCGUAGACUCAGCGUCGCUGCCGCUGGAGCACAGAGGCGGCGCGUACGGCCCGCCGCUGCCCGCCGCGCACUCAGACGACCCCUGGCCCCUCGCUACUCCGGACAGCCCAAAAAUAAAACAUCUUCAAGUACAAUGUGAAAAGACCCACAUGCGCGUCAAUAUAGAAUUCGACCGGCCGUUCUACGGGAUGAUAUUCUCGAAGGGUUUCUACAGUGACCCCCACUGUAUGCAUCUAAAACCUGGCACUGGACACUUGAGUGCCACCUUCGAAAUAUUCCUCAACAGCUGCGGCAUGACGAGCUCGGGUAAUCACAAUGUCGCAGCGUACGGCAGCCCCACACCGAGCGGUUCCUAUGUUGAAAACACAAUCAUAGUCCAAUACGACCCUUACGUGCAAGAGGUAUGGGAUCAGGCACGAAAACUGAGAUGCACGUGGUACGACUUCUACGAAAAAGCAGUAACGUUCAGACCGUUCCAAGUAGAUAUGCUACAUGCAGUUACGGCCAACUUUCUCGGGGACAACCUGCAAUGCUGGAUGCAAAUACAAGUGGGCAAAGGACCGUGGGCAUCAGAAGUGUCGGGUAUAGUGAAAAUAGGACAGACUAUGACAAUGGUACUCGCAAUUAAAGACGACGAAAACAAAUUCGAUAUGCUUGUCAGGAACUGCGUAGCGCACGAUGGCAAACGAGCUCCUAUUCAACUGGUCGAUCAAUACGGAUGCGUUGUCAGACCUAAGAUUAUGAGUAAGUUCCAGAAAAUUAAGAACUUUGGUCAAUCAGCCUCUGUGGUAUCGUUCGCCUACUUCCAAGCGUUCAAAUUCCCUGACUCGAUGAACGUCCAUUUCCAAUGUGUAAUUCAAGUCUGUCGAUACAACUGCCCCGAACCUAAAUGUGGUGGUUUAGGCGGAGAGUAUGGAGUUCCAUUAUUGGGUGGUAACGCUCUGAGUGCAGGAGAAUACGGAUUACCCAACACAGUCCACGGAGAAUACGGUCCACCACCGCCGGCGCCUCAUGCAGAGUACGGCGUGCCACCAGCUUACCCAGAUCCACGUCACCCCGCCGAUUCCGCAGGAGCUUAUUCAGAAAAACGAGACGACGCAGUGCCUCCACCACAGGCGCAGGUUUCCUCAACACCCAACGCCCCCAACCCCUCAUCGCCUGCUCCCGCUCGCGAUUCCGACGAUGUGAACCUACCUCCUCCGCCUCCACCUGGCCGUCGUGGAGUCUACAAUACGGUAAAAAGAAAAGACGAAGGACACGGCAAUUUAGCAACAUUGGGAGGACGUCCACGGUCCGUAGAAGAUUUACCAGAAAGUUUGGUGGGAAUACGAAGACGACGAGAAACGUCUCCCACGCGUAUAUACAAACGUGACGCGCAAGAAAUGACCGACGUAAACACGAGUCGGAUUAUUCAAGUAGUAGCGCCGGGAGACGUCAACUUCGCGCUCAACAACGCAGCACAAAACGAAACAGUAGUUAUUCAAUCGCCCGCAAGUGAUCCAGAAACGAUAUGUAUGUCGGUGCCGUCGUUCGUGGCGGGUCUCGUGAUGUUGUUGCUAGUGUUGGUGGUCGCGUCGCUGGUGGCCGCGUUUCUUUUCGUGCGCGUUCGUGCGCUCGAUAGGAAGGGCGCGCACGGCGCCACCGCCUAUUACGAGACAGAUUACGUGAAACAUACGAAUUAGCGACAGCGAGUUCGCGAAUGUGUCGCGUGGACAUUCAUAAACUGUUUUCGGAUCCAAAGAGCGCGCGUGCGUCGGCCCCGGCCGGGCGGCGCGGGCGACGUCGGCUGUCGCGGCCGCGAUCGAAGCUCGUGUGACUUAUUUAUUUAGGGUGAUUACAGACUAGCGUAUUUUUUUGCGCGUAUAUGGUCGUUUCAGCAUACGCUCUUCAAAAAACCCGACUCGCGCAAACGGGCAUAUUUCUCGAACCGGUGGUGUCGUGUCAGUACCAUCAUAACACAUACGACCUUAGAAGCACAUCAACGCUCCUAUUAAACGAGCGUGUGCCAAAAGGCGCGCCUAUACGCGUCUACAUGCGCUUCCAAAAACGAUCUCAUACGCGCGAAUAAAACGUUAGUCUGAAACCGCCCUUAGUUAUUUAAUACGUGUGAUGUAUAUGUUUGACUGCUUUUUUGUAAAUUAUUUUGUUCGUGUGGAAACACUCACUGUACUGCCCUUAUAAUUAUAGUCGAUAUGUCUGUUGUAAUUUUGUAAAGAGUCGUAAGAUAGAAAAAUAGGAGAUAAGUUGUAUACCAAUAAAAGUGUCGUGUGCGAGUAA